UUGUCUGUGAGCGGCGCAGGCCUGGCGCGGCCUGUGUUGAGCACCGGGAGGCCAUUGUGGCUGGGGCAGUUCUGCGCGCCGGAGCGGGAGGAGGUGGCCGUGGCCCGCCAGCGCCGCGCCCGGUCCCGCCGAAGUCCGACCGAGGGAGGAGACGAUUUCUUGGAGUUCAUCUGCUGGCUUAAGGCAUGGAGAAGAUGCUGCUUCUUCCUACGUGCACCUAGGAAGAGAGAGAUCUUGAAAGCUUUACCAGGUCCUUGGGAGAGAAAACUACAUGACACUACACCAUGAGUGACAGUAAAUGUGAUAGUCAGUUUUACAGUGUUCAAGUAGCAGAUUCAACAUUCACUGUUCUAAAACGUUACCAGCAAUUGAAGCCCAUUGGAUCAGGGGCACAGGGCAUUGUUUGUGCUGCGUUUGACACAGUCCUUGGAAUAAACGUUGCUGUGAAGAAGCUGAGUCGUCCCUUUCAGAAUCAAACCCACGCCAAAAGGGCUUACAGAGAGCUCGUUCUUUUGAAAUGUGUCAAUCACAAAAAUAUAAUUAGUUUAUUAAAUGUAUUUACACCACAGAAGUCACUAGAAGAAUUUCAGGAUGUAUAUUUGGUUAUGGAGCUGAUGGAUGCAAAUUUGUGCCAGGUUAUUCACAUGGAAUUGGAUCAUGAAAGAAUGUCUUAUCUUCUUUACCAAAUGCUUUGUGGUAUCAAACAUCUUCACUCAGCUGGUAUCAUCCACAGAGAUUUGAAACCCAGCAACAUAGUAGUCAAAUCAGAUUGCACCCUCAAAAUUCUUGAUUUUGGCUUGGCAAGAACAGCCUGUACUAACUUUAUGAUGACUCCAUACGUAGUAACACGCUAUUACCGAGCACCAGAGGUUAUCCUUGGAAUGGGAUAUAAAGAGAAUGUGGAUAUCUGGUCUGUUGGGUGCAUUAUGGCAGAAAUGGUCCUCCAUAAAGUCCUGUUCCCAGGAAGAGAUUAUAUUGAUCAGUGGAAUAAAGUUAUUGAACAACUAGGAACACCAUCAGCAGACUUCAUGAAGAAACUACAGCCUACAGUGAGGAAUUAUGUAGAAAACAGGCCAAAAUAUCCUGGUAUUAAAUUUGAAGAGCUCUUCCCAGACUGGAUAUUUCCAUCAGAAUCUGAUCGAGACAAGUUAAAAACCAGCCAAGCUAGAGAUUUAUUAUCAAAAAUGCUUGUAGUAGAUCCAGACAAGAGAAUUUCUGUAGAUGAAGCCUUACGUCAUCCUUAUAUUACUGUCUGGUAUGAUCCAGCUGAAGCAGAAGCUCCUCCACCUCAAAUCUAUGAUGCACAAUUGGAAGAAAGAGAACAUGCAAUUGAAGAAUGGAAAGAAUUAAUAUACAAAGAAGUAAUGGAUUGGGAAGAAAGGAGCAAGAAUGGUGUGGUAAAAGAUCAGCCCUCAGAUGCAGCAGUGAAUAGCAACACCAGUCCUUCCCAGUCAUCAUCUAUCAAUGACAUUUCAUCCAUGUCAACAGAGCAAACAUUGGCCUCAGAUACAGACAGCAGCCUCGAUGCCUUGACAGGACCCCUCGAAGGAUGUCGGUGAUCAGCCAGGAUUGCAGACUUGACUUUGGAAAAAAGAACUCUUGCUUCCAUUGGGUCUGAAUUGCUUGUAAGUUAAUGGAACCAAGUAGAAAAACUCCAUGUUCUGCAUGUUCUGCUAAAGUAAUGCCUGUGUUUUUUUACUCAGUUGUUAUGAAAUUGCCUGCUUAAUGUCGUAGAAUGAAAGCAAAUCGAUGUCUAAAGAACAAAUUCAAAUCUAGACACUAUUACAGGCUUUGCUUUGUUUCAGCCUAUUUCAGGUGAGCAGUUACAAUAGACUUCUAGCUAAUGACUCCUAAGUGGGUUUGUGACUCUUCAGUCCCAGCUGGCAGGCUUUCUGUGACACAAUGGUUGUUUACAUUUUAGUACAGUAUUGCUCCUUAGUGGGUUUUUUGAAUGUAUGGUCUGGAUGAAGUUUGUUUUCACAUGUGACUCUGGCAGUUUGCUUGGUUUAACGACUGGGGUGUCGUAUUGAAGUGUGAACUCAUGUAUUGAAUGCUCUCAGUACUAUGUUUAAAGGGCAGUUACUCUUCCACACAGCACUUUUUUAAACUGAGCCCUUGAGCCCUUCCUAUCUUCGCUUUCCAGGGAGUCUACCUUCUCGUAGAGGAGCUAAAGAUGAAGUUGAAAGAAUGUAGCCAUUACUUUGUGCUUCUAAAUCUUUUCAGCUUUUAAAACGUGGAUGGAAGAUGCAGUGGCUUAAUUAAAUCUCGAGGAAGGGUGAGUGGCUUACCUGUGAAGCAGUGCCUGUUUGCAAAAGGAGAGCAUGCUAAAAUGCUCUCUGUUUUCUGGCUUGUGGUGGCAGUCCUUUGCCAAAAACAAGCAGAGAGGGAAAUUGUAUCUGUGAUGCUCUUCAUUCACUGCAGGCUGAUAAGAGGACAGAUGAACUGCAGAGACUUGCAGCCUCGGAAAGAGCCGUGUAAAUGUUUUCCAUUUUUUGAAUGGGUCCAUUCUAUCUAGUGAGUAAUUAAAGAAACAAAUACAGUAGCUUUUAGGCACUUGUAAAUUAAGGAUUUAGUUGACAGACCUUAGCUCAAUUCCCACCUUAACCUCUCUGUCUGACCUAAGAAAGGAAAUCACAUUUAAUACAUAUUUUGUGACUCCAGGGUCAAAGAAGAGGAGGAGAUUUGCUGUUUCAGUACAGGCUGAUCAGCUCAGUUUUCAGAAGCAGAAAAGCCAAACAUUGCUUGUAACAUUGUUCAACAUGGUGAAUUGGGAAAUGGAUCUGUGGUAGAGCUGGGCUUAAACUUCUCUAUACUACACACUCAUAGGUUUGUGCACGUUCACUUUGGAGUGCACAGGUAUGAGGUUUUGCUAAAGGCUCUUGUGUUUGCAUGCAUGUGAGACUGAACUGUGGAACUGUGAGAGUUUGUGUACAAGAUGAGGUAAAAUACCACUUUCUUAAAGGCACUAUAUUUAGCUGUUGAUCCAGAUACUCUUGACUUGAAUAUAUAAAUAGACCUACAAUCUACUGGCCCGGCCAGGCGCUGCAUUACUGACACAUUUCUCCUGUAAAAGAAAAUGGUUCAUUCUUUCUGAUCUUAAGCUUUGAAAAGCAGCAGCUUCUCUUUAUGCAAACAUUAGUUUUACAUUAAAAUUCUCUCCCCCUUUUUUAAGAGCUUCUUUUGCUGUAACAACAAAAAAAAAGUGACUAAGGUUUUACUGUCCCACAAAGCUUAAAAAAAAUAGUCUGAUGUUAACUUUGGAAUCUUGGAUGUUUCCAAUUCUGUUCCAGGAUAUUGGGGAUGGGAUACUUCAGUUUAUCUUUGGAUACUGAUGGUAUCUGUGAAGUGUUUUUUAGUGCAUCCUUGUUCUUUGUGUAAGUGGCAGUUGCUAAAGACACCUAUUUAAAAUGAGCUUUGGUGAUUUCCUGUGGAAGUUACCUACUGGAUUUCAGUUUUCAAGACUUUAGUCUUUUUUACAGCUGAAGUUGCACUCUGCUGUGUUCAUUUGCUUUAGAAGUUUUAGCACCCCAGAGUUGUUGGUUCAUUUUUGGUUUCCUUUUCUUUUCAUGUGUUUUGAAUAGUCACAAAGAUAAAUGUUUCGUAUUGGACUUGAGCUGUUCAGAGAACUGUGGGGUUGGACUGUACAACCUCCAGCUCUCUUCAGGAUGAAAUUAUUCCAUGAUUCAAAUUACCUUUUAGUGUUUUUUAACAAAACUUCCCUAACUCCAGGAUUUUAACUGGUAUCUGAUCUUCUGCUACACUCUUUUAGCUUGAUUAUGUAUUCUUGGAACAAAGAAAACCCCUUCUGAAGUUAACUGAGCUCAUUUGUAAAUCUCAUUGUAAGAGAAGCUGUCUCAUACCUCAUUUGUUUUAAUGCCUUCUUGCUCUGGCAUGUGUUGAAGCUUCAAAAUUUUCUGGAGCUGUUGCUGCCUUGGGAACAGGUAUGAAAUGUCUGUGAAUAUUGUGGGCUUUGAUUCCAGUGUAAUUGAAACCCAACUUGCUAAUAACCUGAGUGAACAUCCAUCUCAAGAAGGCCACAACAUGCAGCUUGCCUUCGGGAGGGGGCACACAGAGAGAUGCAUGCUGGAGUUCCCAUGCUGUUUCAGUGUGCUCGUGAACACACUGCAUGCAGAUCAUGUGCUUAGAGUUGCAUUCCUGACUGCAGAUUCAGUUCAGUGCCACACUUAUGCAAUGGUUGUCAGUGCUGUGAGGACCUCAUCACUGACGGAGGACGAAAUGCACAUGCAGCUUGACAGGGCUUGGAAAGAGUUGAGGGGGUUUGGUGUGCAAUAGAAUCACUUUUAUUCCUAGUGCUAAAAUCAUGUCUAUAAAGAAAUGCAACUGACCUUUGGGGUUUGGUUUGGUGGGGUUUUUUUUGCACUUUGGCCUUUAUAAGUAUUUAUAUGUAUUUAAAGAUGAAGACUAUGUGAGUGUGUGUAUACAUAUAUCUAUAGUAAGAGACCUCCUCAGUUUUGUAAACAUGAAUGUUAACUUUUCUUUGAGAAGCUUUGUAUAGUGUUAACACUACUGCAGUACACAUAAACAUGAACUAUGACUUAAAAGAAGUGGUCAACAUAGAUACAAUCUGUAACCUUAACUGCUCACCUGAAAAAAAAAACAAACCAACCAAACAAAAGAGGGAUCUGUGGUCAAACAUCAGAUCAUUUACCAGAAAUGGGAUGUUAAAUAUAUGAACACUGAGUAGCUGAAUGGCAUUGCAGAAAUGGAGUAUGUUUGAAACAGUUCAUUUCAUCUGUGCUUGUAUCAGUUUUUUUUUUUUCCUCAACCCAAAAAUCAAACCUUAGAAAGAGAAGCUUGGCAUGUUGAGAUCGGGGUGAACAGCCUGUGAGUGUGCUUUGAGGAACUACUGUGAUAUGGCAAGUCUAGUUUUUAAUGGGAAAAGGUGAGAAAUUCAUGUCAAAGUUAAGGUUUGUCUGCAUAGACUGUACAACUCCAUCUAAUGGCUGGAAACUGGUGUUGGCAAACAGCCUUUGAAGCUUGGUCAUGUUUCCAGUGAGGGGUUUGUAUUUUCUUGUCAGAUAAUGAAGCAUAAACUCAGCCUGAACUAGAAAUUAACCAACUGGUUGGUAAAUUUCAGAAACUGUUAGGAAGUGGAGGGGCUCUUGAGGGUUUCUCUGUCUAAGCUCCUGACAGAGCAUGCAUGGUUACUGAAAAAUAAUUAGGUUAAAAAAAUCCAUGGAUCUAGUUUUUCUUUCCUAAAGGAAAGACCCUAAAUGCUAAAUUGAUUUGCUUUUUACAUCUGAUGGUAUUUGGCUUAAAAUGACAAUUUGAUGACCGAAGCAGGGUUUAGGCAUUCAAAAGCCCAGCUGACACACCAAGUCUCCAGGAGCUGGGUGGGUGACCCUUGUUUUGGUAGCAGCACAGCCCUGCAGGUGGGUGUGUGCUGGCAGCUCAGACCCUGAAGUGCAGACAAAUCUUUACUGAGCAGAAGGCCUGUUUGGAGCAUGGGUUCAGGCCAGCAGCAGUGCAGUUUGUGUGAGGGGUUCGUUUGGAUUGUGACACUUGACAUGGAAGUGCUUAAAGUGUGUGUGGGGGGUAAAUGCUGAACAGCCUUUGUCUGUAUAUUCUACACAUGUCAUAUGGAUUCUAUCAGGGCUUGAUGCUAAACUUAGUGAUACCAUAUACUGGGAACCAAAUUCUUGCCUGGGAUGUGUGUUGUGUAAUUCCUGCUCAACACUGGGUUGGAUCCGGGGAUACCUGCACCCAGGUGCAGAAUUUGGACUUGAUUUCCUGUAGGUGAAUCUGGUGAUUCCUUUGCUUUUCCAGAGUGUCUUUGAUUUCUUUUUAUGUUCUAUUUUAAAAAAGCCAUGUUGAACUAUGACAGAAAAAGCCUAUUCUGGCUCAUCUUUUACAUGCAAUUUAGAUUGUCUGUUCCAUGAGUGCUAGUGAUGUCUAAAAGCUUCUUACAAAUCCAGGUUCUUCUUUUUAUUUAAUGUCUGCACUGCAUGCUAAGAUUGUCUGGAGCUAAACUGAUGUUUCAAGUCAACCAUCUUCUCUCAUAUCAGUGUUGGAGGAAAGUGGAAAGCUCACCAUCCUUUCUGUUGGUGUUCUAUCAAAUUACUGUUUGUUUGGGGUUUGUUUCUGUAGCUAAAACUUGAGUGGUUGGAUUUCAAUCCCACGGUGUUGCUUUGUGGAUAUACAUUUACCUGGGUCUGCUAUUUCAAACAAUGACCUGUAUGACAAGUCCAGUAUAAAACUCAACUAAUAAAAUGCACUCUUCUGCAAUCUGUUCUUGGAAAAAAAAAGAUGACAAAUAAAUUUUGGUCCAUGAAUUCAAAACAAAAUAGAGGGAAAAAUACAUUUUAACUGGUUUGGAAGUUGUUUUUUAAUUCCUUGAUGCUGCUGCUUAUUUUGUGAGGAGGUGCUUGCAGUUUUGCACAGAAGAAUUCAAUGAGUUUGCUGGGCUUGAAGCACUUUAGGGUUUUCCUAAAUACAACCAGCAUAUGGUGUAAAAAGGAAUGGCAUGAAAAUGUUCCAUGUGUUUAAAUUCUGGUUGCAAACGUUGCUAUUAGGGUUGUUUUUUUUUAUCAGCAUCUUCCUUUAAGUAGGAACUUGUUUGCAGACAUUUGAAAUGAGACUUCUGUUUUUAAUGGGCUGAAAUUUAACACAUAGUAAGAGAUCGUUUGAGAAACAUCUUCUGCUCAAUUGCCUGUGGGAUAACUUUCAGUAGCAAUGUGACCACCAGCCAACUGUGAUGCAGAGGUGCAACAACCGUGGCUCCUGUGGCAAGGUCAGCUCUCUGUGGGCACUGGGAUCCCUUUUCUUAAGCUAGAACUUGUGGUUACAGGUCAUAAGGUAGUUGUAUGUGCUGUGGUAAGGCCAGAAACGUCUGCUGAGUGGGACUCUCCUGCAGUAUGAAUGCCGCAGGAGGAUGCUGUCCUGCUCUGACAUCCUAGCCUGACCCCUGGUGCCAUCUAGGGCGCGUUCAGGAGAGGGGAUUUGUUUCCCAGGCUGGCUGAGUACUUCGGUGUUUCUUAGGAUAACAAAAGCAGAGGAGAAAGUAAUCAGGUAAGAACAUCACUUCAUGUUCACUACCUGCAACAGCAGUCAGAUGUGUUAGUGAUAAGGCUGAUUUAAUUCCCUGGAGCAGCUGCCUCCUGCAUUGGGAAGAACUCUUUUGAAACCCCAAGUGUGUGGCAAGCUUUUCUAUCAAUUCAGAUGCUUCAAUUGGUGCUAAUUUUGUAAAAGCAAAUGUAACAGAUGGUUAGCAGUCGAUUUGUCUGCUUUUGAUACCUAUAUUUUCUUAAAUGCUGGCAAGCCAGACUUUAUAAACCCACUAGUGUGCGUUUUCAGCUUCAUCAGAUUCCCAGCUUUUCCUAAAGUAAGGUAUUUCAAGUUCAGACAGUAGUUACUGUUUCCUGGGAGCUGUUGCUUCAGGUGUUUUCUACACUAAUAAAAUGACCACAAUUAGAAAAGACAGCAAUACAGAACUAUCCUUUUCUUUAAAAUAGGGGAGAUAUGUUGGGCUCUCUGGGGUGGUUUUAGCAGUUUAGUGUAGCCAAGAAACCUGAUUAAGAGCAACUGGGAUAGAUACUUGCCUGCAGUUCACUUGGUACAGUGAAGCCUUACCUGAUCUUAAGAGAAUUUAUAAAGACUAUAGAGAUUUUCUUCUAUUUUAAAGAGGGGAUAACAAAUAGAAUGAAUGAAUUUUGUUUUUCAUAUAAAUGCAAAUGUUAAUUCCAGAGAAUAUAUUCUGUAGGUUACUCCAGAACCAUGUGCUUUUAAAAUCUUUCAUAGGCUCCUUGAGUGAUUUAUUGCAAUUCAGUUUUAUCUGACUCAGAAUAAAACCCCUCUAAGAGUUAGCUCUUUCUGUUGAAAUGCCUCUUCAGUUUCCACUCCCUUCCCAGUGCUUGGUACCUCUUGUUUUGUCCCUCUUUUCCCACCUCCUGUUUACUUACCCAAUGUCACAAAAAGUAGCAUCAAGCCCUCUCACUUGUUACAGUGUUCUGAUUUUUAUGGCCUUAAUCUUAGUUACGGUCUAUGAUUUCAGAAGGAAGAUGUGCUUUGAAGUCUAAUUCUCUUGCUCCACAUGGCCUCUUCUGCCCCUGGAGUUAGGCUUUGACUGGCACAUCUCAUUCUCAGUGCUUGUGCAAUAGGAACGUGUUCCUUCCAGUGCAGUGGCCACGUUGUCUGAUGCUGGACAUUGUUUUUCAGGAUGACUAGAAAGUUGGCUUUGGUUUUGUUUUGGAGUUACCUUUUUUUUAUGGACAGCAGUCAUGCUUUCUUGUGGUUUGGUUUUUUUUUUCAUUUUGAGGUUGGUUGGGGUUUUUUUGGCACUGUUUUUGUUUAAGACAACUAGAAUUUCAUAAGGAAAAAAACUGUCAAGAACUGGUUGUGAAGUUCUAGUUCAAGCUUCAUGCUGAAGCUGUUUGGUUUUGUUCUUUCUCCAAAAACCUUCUCAUAAAACCAGUACUAAAGCCACUGUAAAAUUACAAAUAAAUAUGUAUACUUCAAA